AUGAAUCCCAACGGUACUUCAACCGAGGAGCCGCUCCCAGACAAGGAAGGGCUGGAAACAGCAAAGCCAGGAAAAGCCUCCCAAGACACUGCACGGGUCGCACACCUCGAGCACUUCGAAAAUGAAGAUGCAUCGCAGCACAAGGCCAGGACGACGCGGCUCUUGCGCAAGAUCGACCUGCACCUCCUCCCCUUCCUGAUCGUCAUGUACCUGCUCAACAUCCUGGACCGCUCAAACCUCGCUCAGGCGCGGCAGGGCUCACUGGAGGCGGAUCUGGGCAUGAAGGGGACGGACUUCAACCUCGCCACGUCCAUCUUCUUCGUGGGGUAUUUGCUCAUGCAGCUGCCGUCCAACAUGCUCAUCACGCGCGUGCAGCCGCGGGUGUACCUGAGCACUGCCAUGGUCCUGUGGGGGGUGGUCAGCACCUGCAACGCCGCAGCGCAUUCGUUCGGCGCUCUGAUCGCCAUCAGGUUCUUCCUGGGUUUCGUCGAGGCGCCGUUCUUCCCCGGUGCCAUCUUCCUGAUGAGCUCUUGGUAUACGCGAGCGGAGCUGGUGCAGCGCAUAGCUUGGUUCUACUCUGGCAAUGCUCUUGCCAACAUGUUUGGUGGCCUACUCGCGGCUGGUAUCCUAGGGAACCUGGAUGGAGAUCUGGGAUUGGCAAGCUGGAGAUGGCUGUUUAUCAUCGAGGGGGUAAUCACUAUCGGCAUAGCAAUUGCGUCCGGCUUCUUUCUUCCCAACUACCCAGCCACAACACCCUGGCUGACCGACGAAGAGAAGCACUUUGCAGCUUGGCGCCUCCUGGCCGACAUCAACGAGGAGGACGAGCGGCAUGCGACGUCAACCAUGACCGGGCUGAAACUGGCGCUGGCAGACUACCGGCUGUACCUGUUUGUGCUUCUGCAACACGUCAGCCUGCUCAGCCAGACCUUCCAAUACUUCUUCCCUUCCAUCGUCGGAACGCUGGGAUACGGAAGCAUCGAAACGCUUUGGCUGACGGCUCCAGUCUGGUUCGCGACCUUCCUCGUCUCCGUCUUCGUGACUUGGACAUCAUCCCAGACAAAGGACCGAUCGAUCCACAUCGUCUGCCUGAUGCUUGUUGCAGCAGUCGGAAACGCUAUCGCAACAGGCACAACCAACAUCGGAGCCCGCUUCUUCGCCAUGUUCCUAAUGCCGAUGGGCGCCGUUUCCGCCUACCAGAUCAUUGUGUCCUGGGUAGCCAACUCGUUCCCGCGGCCCCUGGUCAAGCGCUCCAUCUCGAUCGCCAUCGCAAAUAUGAUCGGCAAUACGGCCUCCAUUUACGGCUCAUAUAUGUACCCGGCUACAGCCGCCCCACGAUACAUACCAGGAGGCACAGCAAACACUGUCAUCUGUCUCAUGGUCGCGCUCCUGGCGCUGGUUUUGCGGUUUGUGCACGUGAAAGAGAACAGGGAACUGGAGAAAUUGGAAGAGCGGGAGCUUGCAGGUGGCGGCCGGGCCGGGGAUGGCGGCAGUGGGGACAGGAGGACGACUGGCUUCAGAUAUGUAUAUUGA